AUGGCUCCGGGUAUGGUUCAGACCUCGGUUCAUGGCAAGACGGACGCAGCUACGACUCGCAGGGCGACCACAAGUGGAACACUUGGCAGGGACACGAAGAUGGCGAUAAAGGACAACGACGACUGGGGCAACUCCGCACGGUCGUUGAGCACUUCCGAGGGCCUGGGGUAUUUCACCUCGUGGGUUUCGGCCCGCUUCCUCGACUUGGAGGUGGCCAGACGAUCAGAGAGCACAACACCGAGUACGAUCGUCUUCAUGCUCGCCUACGAGAAGUCGGAUGCUCUCUACCGUAGGCCGAAGCGGACAAACUUCGCCCACAUGACCGAGCACGACCGCGACCCCGCGAACGAGGAGGACUCCGAGCACAACGACGAGGCCAUCCCCCAGGAGGUGGCCGAGGCGCUGAUGACCUACCAGUCUGCGAAGGAGAAGUACCGGGCACAGCAGAGAGCUCGCGAGACUACGGACGGUGACAAGCCUACGAAGGAUGGCGAUCGUGACGGCGACCAACGAGGAGCCCCUGGCGGUGGAGAUCGAGAGGCCAAAGUUCGCGCCAUCAAGGCGCGCAGCUUCUGUGGAGGCUGCGGAAGGCGCGGCCAUUGGCACAAGGACGACGAGUGCCCCUUGAACCGUGGCGACCACGCCAAGGGCGAUAGCGGUGUCAAGAACAUCGCCAUGACGAAUGUGAUGCCGGCGGACGUCUUCACCUUGAAGCACAUGUCGA